AUGGGAUACACCGGACCUACCGUCCCCUCUCCCGAGAGCGGAAACGCCGCCUUUUGGAGCUAUGGCUAUGUUCCCUCUCUCGCUUUGGGUGUUAUCGGUGUUAUUACCUUCAUCGCUGUGGCUGGUCCCCAUCUUUGGUUCUUUGUCAAGAUCAGAGGCACCAGGAGUGUCCAUGGUCUGUUGUUCUUCACUGCCAUCAUUGAGGCCUUGGGUUACGGUGCAAGGAUCUAUACUCACCGCAAGCCCUUCGGUGGCAUGUCCUUUUUGAUCGGUAUCUUUCUUAUUCAAAUCGCCCUCAUCCUUCUCACAGCCGCCAUGUACAAAAGCAUUCAACGACUCACCAAAUACACCCCGGAAGGCCGCCACAUGUCGCCCAUAAGGCCCAGGUCUAUGCUUGUCUUGUUUGUCAUUCUUGAUGUUGUGUGGGCUCUUAUGCAGGUCGCUGGCCAGUACUAUUAUGCCGCAGCUGAAGGUGCCGAAAUCACUGGCGCCGAAGCCAUGUUCACCCUUGGCAUGUCCACCCUCAUUUUCCUCGCUGGCAAUGUUCUCCAAGCCAUCACCAUUAUCAUUGUCUCCAUCUUUGCCUUUGUCAUCUACCGCCGAUCGACCCGAAUCAUAAACACUGCCUUGGCCAACAACAAGGACAUUGACAACUACCCUCUCAUUCACCCGGCCUUGACGCAGGUGUUUAUCACCUUCGGCUUGUUCUUUGUCAGGCUCAUCAUGCGCAUUGCCGAGGGUGCCCAAGGCGCGUACGGCUAUGCUGCGACCCACGAAGUCUUCUUCGGGAUCUUCGAAUACCUUCUCAUCAUCCUCAUCCUCAUCCUCUGGGCCGCUCGACCGCUCAAGAACUUCCUUCCCCUCAACCAGACCGCCACUACCAACUCUACUCACGAAGACGUCGAGAGGACCGCCGAGCUUGGAAGGAACGAGUCGCAGGUGGAGGAAGAGAAGGCUUGA